UCGUGAGGGUCCGGGCGGCCGAGGCGGGCGGCUGAGGAGGGGGAAACAAAGAGCGGCGGCGGCGGCGGCGGCGGCGCUGCAGCAGCUGGCGGGACUGGUAUGGUGGUUCCACAGGGCAGACCCCGCUGCACUCACCGGGAGGAGGCGGCGGCAGCGGCGGAGGAAGGCGGCGCAGCUCGAGAGGCAUGCCCAAAGAAAAAUACGAGCCCCCUGACCCUCGGAGGAUGUACACAAUUAUGUCCUCUGAGGAAGCAGCAAAUGGAAAGAAAUCACAUUGGGCAGAGCUUGAAAUAAGUGGAAAAGUAAGAAGCCUAAGCUCAUCUUUGUGGUCGCUGACUCACUUGACAGCUUUGCAUCUGAGUGACAAUUCCCUGUCCUGUGUCCCUUCAGACAUUGCCAAGCUUCACAAUCUGGUCUAUCUGGACCUGUCCCAUAAUCAAAUCCAGAGUUUACCGGCAGAACUCGGAAACAUGGUAUCACUCAGGGAGCUCCAUUUAAAUUACAACCAGUUACGAGUUCUACCCUUUGAGCUGGGAAAACUGUUUCAGUUGCAGACUUUAAGCCUGAAAGGAAAUCCACUUACCCAGGAUAUAUUGAACCUCUGUCUGGAGCCAGAUGGAACAAGAAGGCUACUGAACUACUUGCUCGAUAAUUUGUCAGGUACUGCAAAAAGAAUUUCAACAGAACAACCACCUCCAAGAUCUUGGAUCAUGUUACAAGAACCAGACAGAACACGGCCGACAGCCUUGUUUUCUGUCAUGUGCUAUAAUGUUCUUUGUGAUAAAUAUGCGACCCGGCAGUUGUACGGCUAUUGUCCAUCAUGGGCACUAAAUUGGGACUACAGGAAAAAGGCCAUUAUUCAAGAAAUCUUGAGCUGCAAUGCUGAUAUUAUAAGUCUGCAGGAGGUUGAAACAGAACAGUACUACAGUUUUUUCCUGGCAGAACUGAAAGAACGUGGCUAUAAUGGGUUCUUCAGCCCCAAGUCUCGAGCUAGGACAAUGUCUGAACAAGAGAGGAAACAUGUGGAUGGCUGUGCAGUGUUCUUCAGGACAGAAAAAUUUACUUUGGUUCAGAAACACACUGUUGAAUUUAAUCAGCUAGCAAUGGCUAAUUCAGAAGGGUCUGAAGCUAUGUUGAACAGAGUCAUGACGAAAGAUAAUAUUGGAGUUGCAGUACUGCUAGAACUUCGAAAGGAAUUGAUUGAAAUGUCAUCUGGAAAACCACAUCUGGGGACAGAAAAACAGCUUAUUCUUGUGGCUAACGCUCAUAUGCAUUGGGACCCUGAAUACUCAGAUGUGAAGUUGGUACAAACUAUGAUGUUCCUCUCAGAAGUGAAGAACAUUAUUGACAAAGCCUCUCGGAGCCUCAAAUCCAGUGUCUUGGGAGAAUGUGGAACUAUUCCGCUUGUGUUAUGUGCAGAUCUAAAUUCUUUGCCAGAUUCUGGUGUUGUAGAGUACUUGAGCACCGGUGGAGUAGAAACAAAUCAUAAAGACUUUAAGGAAUUAAGGUACAGUGAAAGUCUUACAAACUUCAGCUGUAACGGGAAGAAUGGGAUGACCCAUGGGAGGAUCACGCACGGUUUCAAGUUAAAGAGUGCCUAUGAGAAUGGCCUGAUGCCUUACACGAAUUACACAUUUGACUUCAAGGGUAUAAUUGACUACAUCUUCUAUUCUAAACCUCAGCUGAACACUUUAGCCAUCCUGGGACCUCUGGACCACCAUUGGCUAGUUGAGAAUAAUGUCAGCGGCUGCCCGCACCCACUUAUUCCCUCCGACCACUUCUCACUUUUUGCACAGUUGGAGCUCUUACUGCCUCUCCUGCCCCAAGUUAAUGGCAUUCACCUUCCUGGCAGGAGGUAGUCAAGUACUUUCAGAGGACUUAAGAUUUACUUGUAAACUCGUAAAAAUCUGAAUAUAGAGGAGUGAGGUAUGGCCAGUAGGGAUUUUUCUCAAUGGUCAUUUGAGUUUUCAGUCUGAUUAUUUGAUAAAGGGUAUAGUAUGGAAGCCAGGUGCUAGCAACAGACAACUUCUGAGCCCAGUGUGCUUUAUAUACUGCUAGACAGGGACUGGUGUGUUACACCUGUCUUUUAAUUUGUUACAAAUAAUUUUCUUGUUUCUUCUCUUCAAUAUGUAUUGUCAUGCCUUGAAUAGGAAGACGUGUGAGCAGUGUGCUGUUCGCACAGAAUCCGCAGCACUGUUUUCUGAGGCCAGUAGUAACACCAGAGACCAUUCUUCCAGGCUUUACUCCCUCUUUUUUCAGACUUGUUUGUAAAAUGUAGAAUUUGAAUUUAGCCUUUAUGAUUGUAUAUGACCCACAGAAUACCUGAUUUAUGAAAUUUUGUACUAAAAAAAAUUUUUUUUGAAAACAAUUGUAUUGUAAACUAAGGCUAAUUUGGUUUUUUGUUUUUGUUUUUGUGUUUUGUUUUUAACCUGUGACCUGUGUUCUGAAGGCCAGCUGGUGACAAAGCUGCAACAGACUCUCUCUGCAGUGAUCCGCACUGUCGGGUUUUGUCAGCCCUUUUGUACUACUUUAGUUUUAAAUUGAGAACAUUACUCUUUAAAUGUAAGUUUGCUUAGACCUUGGCAUAUUUUCUUGGACCAGAGGCAACUUAUGUAUGAAUUCCUGAAUUUCUAUGGACACUUUCUACCAGGACAGAUAAGCUGAUCUGUAGGCAUUUAUGGACUGAAUAUGAUAGUUGAUAUAUGUACACUCUGGUAUUUUUA